AUGCCGGGACAUAGCAUCCGAAUGUGUCACAAGCACAGUGUCUGUCGCUGGAUUCGGCAUCAGGUUCCGAGACCACCAAUGACUGCCCAACACAGACACGAAUGGGGGACACAUAACGAUCCACACGGUUGGAUCAUUGGUGUUCUUCCACUCAUUUCAUUCAUGAAUCUCAUCUGGGAAGAGUCUUUUGAAGUCAUUGACGAAAUCACGACUGGCGACACUGAGCUGUCCGAGUUUGUUGAAAUAGACCAAUGGGCUGCUAUCCAUCGCUUUGCGUUUCUUGUCAAGUUUAUUCACAGAAGGGAUCCGCUGCAUGAGAGUCAAGCGUACAAAGCGCUUGCUGAAUGUGACCCUGGAUUCAAGAAACUUGAGAUGGUGAGUUUGAUCUUCAAAGACAUGGAUGGUAUCAAAGGACUACGUGAGUGGAAUGACCUGGAUUAUCUUCACAUCUGGAUCCAGGCUAAUGUUGUUCCACGCUUGAGCCUUGUGCCUACGGUAAUCGCUGAAGAGGCUGCUGAUGUGUUUCUCAACACAAACUACCUUGCUUGUUGGGAGUCACUUGUCUCGGAGAGAGAACCACUCAGCCUUAUCAAGGCCCUUCGCUAUCGAUAG